UGUUAGGUUAUGUUGUUCAUUCCUGUUUGAAAGCAAAGGUUUGAAAUUUGUAUUGCUGUUGUUAAUCCAAAAAGUGUUUUGGGGUUCAAUCUCUUUUAAAACCGCUUUCCAGUUUUUCAAUCCCAGUGAUGAAAUGAAAAUGAACACUUUAGAAUCUGAAGACUCAAAAUCCAGCGAUUUCUCUUCGACAGACGAAAUCAGCCUAUUAGUAAUCAUUCUAGACACCAAUCCAGGACAGAGAAUCUUAAGGGACAAUCCACGAACGCUCACACAAUGUGUGGAUUCUGUUAUUGCCUUCGCCAAUUCACACCUAAUGCAAAAAUCACAAAACAAGCUCGUAGUAAUGGCAUGCCAUUCGAAAACCAGCGAAUUUAUAUACCCCAACAGCGACAAGCCCUUAGAUGUUAGACAAGUCGAUGGACAAUAUGAGAUAUUUACAUUAGUCGAGAGAACAAUUAAGAGGAACUUGGCCAAAAUGAUUGCGGCCGAAAGUACAGCUUUGUGUAACGAAUCCUUGUUAGCGGGUGCUAUAUCAAUGGCCCUGUGUUACAUUCACAGGAUACAAAAGACAAAACCUGUGGGAUGUAAGUUGAAUAGCAGAAUUUUGGUUGUGACUGGUAGCGGCGAUUCUGCCUUUCAGUAUAUGAGUUAUAUGAAUGUGUUUUUUACCGCUCAAAAACAAAAUGUUGUCAUUGAUGUUUGCGCUUUGGAUCAACAUUUGAGUCUCUUACAACAAGGUUGCGACAUUACAAGUGGUUUGUACCUGAAAAUACCUCAACUACAAGGGUUGCUUCAAUAUCUUUUGUGGGUAUUUUUGCCUGAGCCGCCUAUUAGACCAAAGUUAGUCCUUCCUCCUCCAGUUAAAGUUGAUUAUCGUGCAGCGUGUUUUUGUCAUAGGGAAAUGGUUGACGUGGGAUACGUGUGCUCUGUUUGUUUAUCAAUUUUCUGCAAGUUUAGCCCUAUUUGUACCACAUGUCAUACCGUUUUCAAAAUACCAGGACCUUUAGCCGUAAAGUCGAAAAAGAAGAAAAUGAAGCUGUAGAUGAUUUUAUAUAAUAAAUUUUAAAUAGUAAA